ACAUUUCCCUGUUCUUCUUCGUUCCCAAACUGACCUCCAAUAAUCAGCACGACUGUGUGCGCAGUUUUAAAUCCACUGCGCCACGGCUCAUUUUGUGUGAACUCGGAGCACUUUUUGUUUUUUUGCGCUAAUUGAAAAGAGAAAACGAUGUGACUGAAGGCUUUCACCAUGAAUCCUCACUGCGCGCGCUGCGGGAAAAUCGUCUACGCCACUGAGAAAGUGAACUGCUUGGACAAGUUCUGGCACAAAGGAUGCUUCCACUGUGAGGUGUGUAAAAUGACCCUGAACAUGAACAACUACAAAGGAUACGAGAAGAAGCCUUACUGCAAUUCGCACUACCCAAAGCAGACGUUCACGAUCGUCGCAGACACGCCGGAGAACCUGCGACUGAGGCAGCAGAGUGAGCUGCAGAGUCAGGUGAAGUACAGGAAGGAUUUUGAAGAGAGUAAGGGCCGUGGUCUCCGAUUUCUUGUAGACACACCAGAAGUGCAGAGACUGAAGCAAGCCCAGGAUCAGAUUAGUAAUGCUAAAUAUCAUAAGGAUUUUGACAUGCCAGGCUUGCACGGUGUCACUCAGGGCAUUAGAGGAACUUAUCUGGUGCGAGCGCAGACGAGACCUGACCAUCAGACGCUGCAGGGGAGCUGCGCCACACACAGAGGUGUGAAUCAGUACACCAUGGAGAUGGAUCGGAGGCCAGGAGUCAUUGUGGCUCCUGUGCUUCCUGGAGCUUAUUACCCAAGCAGUUAUAAUCAGGGACACAGCUACAUGCAUCAGACCAGCAUGCACUCCCUCAGAUCCAUGCAGCUGCAGUCGCAUCCAGCAACCAUGAGUGUGUACAGGGCUUUGUAUGACUACACGGCUCAGGACUGUGACGAGGUGUCGUUCCGGGAUGGCGAUCUGAUCCACAACGUGCACCCCAUUGAUGAGGGUUGGAUGUUUGGGACGGUGCAGAGGACGGGCCGCUCGGGCAUGCUGCCUGCUAACUACGUGGAGGGCAUCCGCUAACCUGUGCUAGCUUACUGAAGCUUUGAUUAACCCUCUUCACUGCAGAAUUUGUUGGGACCAAGUACAUGUAAAUAGACAGAAGUAGGCCUCUAUUUUAGUAGCUGUUUAUAGUAAGGUUUCAUUUUCCUACAGUGUCUAAUGUUAUAUUAGUGAGUGCAUGUUAAUGGUUUUGUACUUAGGUUGAAGUACAAGGAUUUAAACUUUUAGUACUAAAGCAAUAAGGUCUGCCUACAGACAUUAUAGCAGGUCUGAGUGGGCGUGCCUUUAAGAUAGAUGGAGAAUGUGGGCAUGUCUUUGAGUCCAUAUAUGGAAGUCCACAGACAGGAAGAAGAAAUUUAUUAACAUUGUUAAAUACUGUUUUUUUUUAAUUUAUUUUAAGUUAAUAUUAAUAAAUGUUCCUGGUCUUCACUGCUAACAUUAGAUAAUGUAACUUUUGAAUUUUUAGAAAACCAUUUUAGUGCAAGCAUAAUUUAUAAAAAUUCACCAAAACAUUUCACGGGUGUAUCUUUGAGUCCAUAUACGGGGUUAAGGACACACCCACCGAUUUGCAUACAGACGAUUUUUAAUAAAACAGGUUAAAACAUGCUAAGUUUUACAUUCCAGGAAGCCCAAAAUACAUACUUAAUAUAGAAACAUCCAUACUUUAUUUAACAUCUUCCUCCUUGUUUGGCUUAAUUUGUGUGAUUAAAAAAAAAUGGUCAGAAAUGAAUUUUGUAAUUAAGCUUUUGUCCAAAAUGAUGCGAUACACAAAAUGUCUUUGUAGCAUGUACUGUAUUUGUAGCCUCUGGAAUGUAUAAAUAUACAGAAUUUGUAAAUGUCGAUGCACACAUGGCAUUAAAAUGGUAUUAUAUCAGAAA